CCAUUACCGAACCCGGACAGAGGCGCUUCGGCUUGUAAAAAAAGAAACACCGGUGGAAUAAAAAGGCUCCACUGUGAGAAGAUGAAGAUUGGACUGUGGUUGUUCACAGAGACAGCAUAAUAUUGCUUUUAUUCACAGCUGAAGUGCAGGAUUGCGCAGUAUCCGUCCAGAUAAGGUUCACCCGGGACACUCCGGUUGCCUAAACAAGCCUCCACCCCAGCGCGGUGCUCUUUACUGGUGGCGGUGGUGCAUGUUCAACUCAGUCGUAGCCAGCGAUGGAGGAAGGCGGCAGGGUUUCGUGGGUGAGAUACGGGCCUCUUGUGUCCCUGCUCGUGGUUCUGUUGGCCCUCUGGUUCCGGUCACCCCAGAACGAAGUGCUGGACGACCGACUGGACACGGUGCUGUCCUCCCUGCUGCGGGCUGAGCAGAAGGUCGGGAUGAACAACGUCGCCAGACCGAAAGUGGCUGUGGGUUUUGGAGGUUGUGUUGACCUGAUAGUUGAUGGGGUAACGCUGCUCAAUAAGAUCGGCCUCCCUCUCACAGACCAGCCGCUGCAUCAUGACUACAUAGUCAACAUGGAACAGUUGGCUCAGAGCUUUGCCUACUUCUUUGCUCCGGGAGCUGCUGCAGAGCGUUUUAUGCUUAAUGACACACUCUUUAGUGAGCUGGUCGAGGCGUCCCGUGACCUACCUGGGAACAGAUGGGCAGUAGGCGGCAAUGCGCCUGUAAUGGCUGGUCGCAUGGCAUCCGAGGGAUGUGAUGUGUUGCUGGGGGGAAGCUUCAGCCCUGACUUUACUGAUGUCUUGUCGCAGCACAUCACAGUGGCAGGUACCAUUGUAGAAGAGCCAGACAUUCAUCUAAUCCUAGAGUAUCCAUCUGGAGCGAGCUGGGGGAACUACACCUCACGUAGAGCCAACAGAUACAUCAUCCACAGUGAUGACCACAACCCCUACCUGGCUUCUAUGGAGGAAUUUGCUGAGAAACUUGACAACUUUAAACCAGAUCUGGUGGUGGUGGGCGGCCUGCAAAUGAUGGAUAACUUCCCCUUCCAGGAAGGUGAGCGGCACACUCUCCUCUCCCGCCUGGCCGACCUCUUGUCCUCCUCGUCUCCUCAGAUUGGCAUUCAUUUUGAGAUGGCUAGUUUCGUAGAAGAGAGUAUAAUGGAAGACUUGCUCCACUAUGUCAUUCCCCACGCGGACUCUUUGGGGAUGAAUGAACAGGAGCUUCCCAACCUGCUCAGCCUGCUGAAAGGCUCAAACAUCACCGUGUUGUCAGACCCAAACCCUCGUGUAGCUACGGUCCUCGACCAGAUGAGGGAGGUCUAUCGCAUUCUAAACCAGCGCCACAGGGAUGCACACGAUGCCGGUGCUAAAGGUAAAUCGCUGACCAGGCUCCAUGUACACACGCUGGCUUUCCAGGCCAUGAUCGUGACCCGUGGCUCUCAGUGGAAGAACACCAUGUCCGCCACGGCCAAGGCGUCUCUCACAGCUAACCGCCAUGUCUGUGGCUCUGAUGACAUUGACCCCAACAAGGCGAGGCUCAUCAUGGAUGACUCAUUCUCUGUUAGCCGGCGGGAAGGCAGCCAGCGUAUCCCUCUGCAGGAGACCAGGCCCGUGAGCUGCUGGGAUGAGGACGAUUAUGAGAUCUGUGUGGCCCCUGUGCUGGUCUGCACUGAGGUUUACCAAACUGCAGGUGGAGGGGACAACAUCUCUGCUGCUGGCCUUGUGCUGCAGAUCUAGACAAGGACACUGAAUGGUCUGUCAGUCUAUGGGUAGGGCAUACUACAUGUUUGCAGCAACGAGACUCUGGAAACUUGAUCUAGGUGGGAUGCAAAGUAGCUGUUGUGGUGAACGCAGGUGCGGAUUGUGAAAGGUACCAGGAAAAUGCUAUCACACUUGCAGCUCAUAGCACAGGUGGACCAUAAGGAAAACGGAUUAUCACUUUAAUAAUGGAGUUAAAUGAUGUGGCACAGUGGUUAUUAAUCUGGUUAAACCACUAUAUCGUAAAUAUGAGCUCAGUUUUAUUUAUUUGAAAGAGCUACAGAGAAAAAUCAACCCAAAAAUGACAGUUUUGUAAACGGAGUAAAGUCUAUGUCAACAUAUACUUCGGUUAAUGCUGUUUUCUGAUCUAUACAUAACGCAGAGUAUGUAUUUCUAGUGUCUUUGCCUGAGUGCAAAGCCCUCAGGUAUCUAGUUUAUUUGAUUUUGAGAACCAAAAAUUUCCUGUCCUCCUCCAUUUCUCCAAGGCCUUAUGAGACUUGGCCUUCAGUCAGGAUGACAGAAAGAGGGAUGACGUUUGGAUGAAGUCAUCCAGAUACUCAGUUGUUAUUAUAGAGCCACACUAAGUAGCUUUGAGUAGCAUAUCAAGACUUUGAAUGCAUCAUAGGUGUUUACAGGGCUGCACAACUUCUGUUCUCUUUGUCAUUUAAACCUGUGACUCUACUAUGCAGUAGAUUUCUCCACUAGCUGAAUCGUUUCUUGACAUCAUGUAUAUAGGUUUUCACCUACCUAAAGUCUACAGGUCCAACCAGUUAACAAAGCAUUUGACCUCACCUGCCUGGCAACAAAUGCAGUUUCAGAAGAACUUCUCAACGGCCGAGAAAUGAACCACCUGGCAGAUUUAAUGUGAAAGCUCUGUCCUGCCUCUCCCCACUCCUGUCUCAUUCUCAAAGGCCAAAACGUAGAAAGCUGGUGAGGUGAUCACCUCCUCCUCCUCCUCCACCACCUCCCAAUAUACAGAUAUGUGAAUAAUGUGCAAACUGCUUUGGGUGAGUUUGAUUUGUUUUUGGGAUUACCAUUCCUCAGUGUCUGUGUCAGUGCAAUAAUGCAAACACUCAGUUGAGAGACCACUGUUAGCUGGAUAUGAUGUCAACAAUUCUUCUCUACCUCCAUGUCGUCUCUUCCCCUUUUUGUUGUCUUUUUUAAUUAUUACUAUAUUUCUUCCUGGUUUCUUCUUGCGUUUGUUUAUUGCUCUUUAAGGACCAAAUAAUAAAUGUGAACUGCCCUAGUCACAGUUUGUUUAGGGGGGGAGUUAUUGUCAGACAGCUUUCACAUUUUCACAUGAUAGGGCUGCAUAUUGUGGAAUACAGUUUUCAACUCUGAUCUGUCUCCCCUCAAUGUCCAGCCACAAAAAAUUCCAACACGAUAUGUUGGUGCUCUGCUAGUGGACUGGCCCUUUAUCCUUGUGACCAUUCACACUCACAGCCACUACUUUAUUAAUUUCUCGUUCCUAAAAUAUUGUUGUUGAGAUCAUCUUAAAGCCCCUGUCUCUAAAUGACCAUCAUCAUCGUACUUCCAUUGCACUGUCCUCUGGAUCUGAAUCACUUUUAUUUGAAACUGAAUUUACAGAACCACUUGGACUUCAAUGAUGGGGAAUGAUGCCAACUCUUUUAUUUUUCUCACUUUGUUCAAAUCAAACAUUCCACCACAGACCAAGCUUCGGUUAUUUUCCGCGUUCAGUUUGAAGUUUUUUUUCGCAGCUACACCUUAGCUUCAUUUUUCUUUUAAAUUUUUUUCUUUCUUUCCGAGAGGUACACAGUUAUUUGUCGUACAAUGCAACGUGUGUGAGGUCAAGCGAAAACAAGAAUCUAGGGAAAGGGAAGGUUAAGGAAUCCCUUUAAAUCUUUUCUGUGUAGCAAGACUGGAGUGAUGUGAGGCUGUUGUUUGAUGAUGCCGAAGGCAAAUGAGCCGCCUCCCUUCUUCUGUGAAAAGGGAACGUUUGAUACAGACUUUUUGUUUAAGGGUCACGUUUUAUUUUCUCACGUCAUUGUAUCACGUGGCGACUGGACGCUGAGAGGAAAGUCAUGUUUUUACUGUGAAACUAGUGCAAUGCUCAUCAAGCCGGGGCGUGACAUCAUGUCAUCAUGAAUUCAUGUCACUCAUGUUCCAAAGCUGUGUUUAACUGUUUCAUGCAUGUUAAUUAUUCAAUGCAAAAUCACCAGAGAUAAAAAUACAAUGCUGAUUAAGCAAUCA